AUGCAGACGAGGUACAUGGAGAGAUCGAAUAGUAUGGCGAGGGAGAAGCGAGGUUUGGAUUCGUCUUCAGCUGAAGAAGGCCAGCCAGAUAGGAAACGGCCUGCUCUAGCCAGUGUAAUUGUUGAAGCUCUCAAGGUGGAUAGUCUGCAAAAGCUUUGCUCGUCAUUGGAGCCAAUUCUACGUAGAGUUGUUAGUGAAGAGGUGGAGCGUGCUUUAGCAAAAUUAGGCUCUGCCAAACUUACUGGAAGGUCUUCUCCUAAACAAAUUGAAGGGCCUGAUGGAAGACACUUGCAGCUGCACUUUAGGUCUAGGUUGUCUCUUCCUCUCUUUACUGGUGGAAAAGUAGAAGGGGAGUGGGGUUCUGCAAUCCCUAUUGUCUUGAUUGAUGCAAAUACAAAGCUCGUUGUCACAUCAGGCCCAGAGUCUGUGGUGAAACUAGAUGUUGUUGUGCUUGAAGGUGAUUUUAACAAUGAGGAUGAUGAUAACUGGACCGAAGAAGAAUUUGAGAGCCAUGUGGUGAAGGAGCGUGAAGGAAAGAGGCCACUUCUGACUGGGGAUCUGCAAGUGACUCUGAAGGAAGGUGUAGGAACACUAGGGGAGCUAACAUUUACUGAUAACUCUAGCUGGAUUAGGAGCAGAAAAUUCAGGCUAGGACUGAAAGUUGCCUCAGGCUAUUGCGAGGGCAUUCGUAUACGGGAAGCAAAAACAGAUGCCUUUACUGUUAAGGAUCACCGUGGGGAAUUAUACAAGAAACACUACCCACCUACUUUAAAUGAUGAGGUCUGGAGAUUGGAGAAAAUCGGAAAAGAUGGCUCAUUCCACAAGAGACUGAAUAAAGCUGGAAUUGUUACAGUUGAAGACUUCCUAAGACUUGUGGUUAGAGACUCGCAGAGAUUGCGGAAUAUUCUUGGAAGUGGCAUGUCGAAUAAGAUGUGGGAUGUCCUUAUACAGCAUGCAAAAACUUGUCUUCUAGUUGGGAAACUCUAUGUCUACUAUCCUGAUGAUGCAAGGAAUGUUGGCGUUGUUUUUAACGAUAUCUAUGAGUUGAGUGGCUUAAUUACCAAUGAACAAUUUUACUCUGCCGAUUCACUCUCGGACAGUCAGAAGGUCUACGUGGACGGUUUGGUGAAGAAGGCAUAUGACAACUGGAUGCAUGUGAUGGAGUAUGAUGGAAAGUCUCUUUUAAACUUUAAGCAGCAGAAGAGUCCAGAGGCUUCUCUACCUGAGGUUCCAUUGGCCACGCAAGAUUAUCCAAACUCAUUUGAUCAAUUCACCCUACCUAGCCUUCCAGUUUCAGUUUCUGCAGAACAGCCUACUAUGGACUCGGGCCUAAGUGUAGGAGGUUAUAAUGAUGACAUGGCUACCAGAUUCUCAACACAGAAUGUAAAUCUCAGUGCUCCGAUUCAGCUUGAUGGUUUGGCAUUUCCUCUACAGAAUCAGUUGCCUAGCACUUCAAACCAGGCUCAUUUUCAAAGAAAUGAAAACAUGCUUGCCCUUGGUCCACCACAGUCAUCCACAUCAGGGUUCCAGAAUAUUGGUACAUCCAAUCUUACUUCUUAUAGGGGAGUUGAGGACCUCUUCCCAGAGGAAGAAAUUCGUAUGAGGAGCCAUGAGAUGCUUGAAAAUGAAGAUAUGCAGCAUCUACUUCGUAUCUUUAACAUGGGUGGUCAAGGUCACGGUCACGGUCACGGUCAUGGUUAUGGACAUGCCUCCAUGAACGUUACCGAAGACAAUUAUCCUUAUUCCACAGCAUACAUCCCCACUCCACCAGUGAACUACAAUAUUGAUGAUGAUCGCAGUCGUUCAUCUGGAAAAGCUGUUGUUGGCUGGCUCAAGCUCAAGGCAGCCCUUAGAUGGGGCAUAUUCAUCAGAAAGAAGGCUGCUGAGAGACGGGCACAGCUAGUUGAGUUGGAUGAUUCAUAA